CGAGAAGUUUCUACAAGACGACGAUUGUUACCCCGUAAUAUUUAACAAAGUCGUCCGUAAUAUCUAACUACAAUAAGUAGUUUGUAAAGAGACAUUUCAUGGGAUUUGUAGUUACUACGAAACGGCGGCGUAAAUAAAGGUAUACCAGCUGUGCCUGUGGUCUCGACAUUUCCAUGGUCACACUUCAUUCUUUAUGGAGAUGAUGUACUACUGAGAUUUUUAAAAAGGUGCAGAGCUACUAGAACACAAUUCUUGGAUUCCACCUAACGAACGACAGUUUACAGAAAGACAACGACUUUAAAAUAAUUGUUGCAUACCCGGAGAAACGAGUUUCAAAACAAGUUUCUAUUUCCUGGAUUGCAUACCCGGAGAAACCCAUUUCCUGUAUUACACAUAGGUGACAUUCAAACAAGGACACAACGAAUUCCUUUCUGGAUUUCAGGCAACAAACGUUUAUUAAAAAGAUACUGAAACAAAACCUUUGCAUUACCGUGAAAUGAUGGAAAUUAUUUUUUAUAUGAGCAGAUUGUUUCCACAAAUAGCUUUGAAUGAGACUUUGAUUUACUACAUUGGACUUAUAAUUUCCAUUUUCUUUUUAAACUUGUAUUUCGAGUGUGUCUCAGCAAUUAAUGAGCAUUCCACAAUGCAGGAACAGCCGAACGAUGGAGACCGUGACAUACGAACUAGAAGUGACAAAUACUACGACAUGGAAGCAAAUCCAAAAGGCAUCUGUUUAAUUAUUAACAAUGAAUGUUUUACAAAUAGCCCAACCCGAAAAGGUAGCGCAAAGGACGUGGAAAGACUGAAAUGUUUGUUCGAAAAAUUCGGCUUCGUGGUGGAAAUCAAAAAGAAUCUGAAGAGCUCGGAUCUGUUAGAGGAGCUGAAAUCCGUAUCUGUUGUUGGCGUUAAACCGGAGCACAACUGUUUCGUUUGCUUUAUUUCCUCCCAUGGAGUCGGAAAGUCCAUUAUUGGCACAGACGAGGAGCUGGUUUCGAUAUCGAAAAUCAAAGAGUUCUUUUCUGCCUCACAGUGUCGUGCCUUGGUGGGAAAACCAAAAAUGUUUUUCGUUCAGGCAUGCCGAAAUGACCAAAAAAAACCAGUUUCGUUGUGGCGUUCAGAUGUAACAGGUGAACCACAAAGUGAUUUCAGUGACCGACACACGGACUCCGAUUUCCUGUUAGCCUUUGCAACCACACCUGGUUCAGAUGCCUUUCGAGAUGAGGCUCAUGGGUCCUUGUUUAUUUAUCACUUGGUGAGAAUUUUAGACGAGAACAGUCACGAGGAUUUGUUAAGUGUUUUAACUCAACUGAACGACAUAUUUUCUGUCCCGGCCAAACUUGGGGUUAAACAGAUGUCAAAAUUUGAGUCGACACUCACAAAGAAAGUUGUAUUGGGAAAACGCUCAUGCAACUGAGGAAAAAAGAACAGAAAGGGAGACCAAAAGAGUGCGACGCGUUAAGCAAGACUAGCUAUCCAGCAGUGGAAGGUGACCUCCCAACCGCAGAAGCGAAUAAAGACAUUAGCACCGUCGUAGUAGGUUUUGUUACCCAGCUUAAACCGUGUAUAUUGUGAACUGCAUGUAUAUGUUAUACUUUAAAAAUAAUUUAUAUACAUUUGUAUGUAUACAACCAUCCUGUAAACCAUUCUGUCAGAUAGGCAGGGCUCGAAAUAGGAAGUAAAAUAUGGCUUUCUGUUAUUUUAAAGCCUCUUACACAUACAACAGUAAAAUAUACAAAACAUGUUCACGCAUUGAUCGCAUUCUAAUCUCAGGUCAGUUUAUUUUUGGGUUGAAAGAAGUUGGUGUUACUCAGUGCUUUUACACACAAGCUUGUAUGGGUUGAGUUUAUUUUUGACAAGACUAACAAAGGACCAGGACUGUGGGCUUUUGAUAAUAGUGUUUUGAAAGAUAAGAAUUACGUAAAUCUAAUUAACAACUUUUGGCAAAUAUGGCUGUGACGGUACAUGCUCUUAAUUUCUUUUCGCCUGUGGCGAUAUUAAUUGUUUUAGAAGGCCGUGUGCAGUUCCAUAUGCACUUAAGCCCAGGUGGCCAGUAGUUACGUAAUACCUC